CUUGGUUUUUGAUACCAGAGGAAACUUGGUCUGACACCGUUUGGGAGCAUUGGGCCAGUCUUGGUCUUGUUCAGACAGGCGGCUUUCGGGUACCCCAAAACCCCGGCCUCUAGGUACCUGGGGGUUUGUGCAGGGGAUGCCCGUCACCUGUCAGCCACGACCGAUCUCCAGCAUCUGGAUUAUGGAGAGCUCGCGCCACAGUGUUCGAUGCUCGCCAACCGCGACCCACCUCUCCAUUCUUGUGUGAGCAUACGCCUGAUCCAAGGACAACAACACACCGUCUCCUCGACAAGGAAAGCUCUAUAUUCUGUGCGUCAUGGCACAAUUCGCCUCUGAUCCUCUAGUUCCUUCGCAAAUACCCAAACCAUCAGACCCUCUUGUCGACUUGGAUCGUCUCCUCGGCCGUCUCCAGCAAACCAUCCUUCGAGCUGAUGCCGAGCGGGAAAGGAGACUCAGGACUAGCGAACUCGAGCGCGAGAAAGCCACUGUUAACAUAGACUACGCGCGACUGCUGCUCACGAGAUUGCAGCAAGAUGCGCUGGGCAUCAAAGUACAUGCGAGGAGACAGGAGAUCCAGGCCGACCUCAAUCGGAAGCGCGAUCUUUUGGAGCAGGUGACGGAGAGGGUAAGGGACUUGGAAGAGCUGAGCGCACACGCCAUUGACGACGAUGACGAUUCGAGCUCCGAGCAAGACGACAUCUUGAGCGAGAUAAUCGCGACACCCAGCCAGAGUCUAGAAUCUAGAUCGGAACACAUACGUGAACAAGAACCUGGAAAGUCCGGCCUAGAACACAGCAUAUCACAGGCUGCACCAUCGACGGAGCCACGGCAGGAUGGGGGCAACGGACGGGUCGUAGAGACACUGGAAGAAGUGAUAUCAGAGAAACCAAACACCCUGACGUCAAACACUAUCCGUCCGAGGGGCCAGCAGCCUUCAGAUCCGGAAAAGGCCAACAAAGAUUUGGAUACAGCACAAACGACGGGCGCCAUAACGCAAAAAUCACUCCUCCUAGGGGACCGCUCUACCGAAGUGUCUGAUGUCUCAACGAAGGAAGCUAUCCUGGACCGCGAGCGAAGAGAACAGGAAGAGCUCACAGAGGCAAUGAGCAAGAUAACCAAGGAGUUGAAAAUGUCGUCCCUUAGGUUCAGUGAGGCGCUCGAGGAGGACAAGGAGAUGACGGAGCAGGCUGCGAAAGGUCUCAGCAGGAACGAGCUCGGCCUUGAGGCGGCUGCGAGGAGGAUGGGGGCUCUGACCCGAAUGACGGAAGGGAAGGGCUGGUGGGGACGGAUUAUACUGUAUGCUUGGAUCUACGGGCUGAUGGUGGUGCUGGUGCUGGUCGUUUUUGUGCUGCCAAAACUACGGUUUUGACACCCGCGCACUGCUUUUUACUGUGUUUCUUUUUCUUCUAACACUACAUUAAGGCAGAGCAAGCGGCAUUCACGGUGCUGCAAGAUAGUCCAUAGGCCCAAGUACCUAUCUCCGGCCUGGGACCUGUUGAAUGGAGCAAGGCAUUGACCGUGUCAAAA